GCGCAUGCGUAGAUUCCAAAUCCUUCGCCAACCACCGCGCGCAUAAGCCCCGCCGUAGGUUUUUACGCAUGCGCAGCAGCCCACCCGCCCUCACUUUCGCCGGGUGCUGCGUAUGUGCGCGCGGCCCGCGGGAGCAGGAAGUGGGGUGGGCGGGCUGCGCAAGCUUCGCGUGUCUCUAUGGGUGAAGUCUCGUGGUACACCCUCGUCGUCCUGCCUGCUCCCCGUCCCUGGCCUCAGCCAUGAGCCAUGGCGUCCAGCUCAUUGCCUUCACCCGUGCCCGAGAGGAUUCAGACUUCUGGAAAGAUGGGCAGCUCCGGAAACAGGUUUCCUCUGCCCGGGAGCGCCGGGAGGACCCCGGAGCAGGCGAGGAAGCCCGCAGCUUCUAUGAGAGUCUCCUGGCUCCUGGGGGCAGCGGCAGCGGCGGCGGCAGGAGCCCUCCACGGAAACGUAGGGCCCCUCGGAGGCGCCGUGAAGCUCCAGCUCCUCCCCCUGCGCCACCAGACCAGACGGAUGACCGCAAGGGCAACCUGCUGCUCAGAUCAGCCCAGGAGGGCAACCUGCGGGGCCUGCGGAGGCUCCUGGAGAAGGAAGGCUGCAACAUCAAUUACCGGGACGGUUUCUACUGGACAGCAGUGAUGUGUGCGGCCUACGCCGGGCAGGCAGAGGCUGUGCGGUACCUCCUGAGCCGGGGGGCCGCCUGGGUGGGGGUGUGCGAAGCACAGGGCCGGGAUGCCAUGGAUCUCGCUGAGGAAGCUGGCCACGAGAACGUGGUGGAGGUCUUGCGGGAGUGUGAGACGGCGCGGCCACCCACGAGGGAACCCAGGAGACCGCCGGCGGAGAGGAAGUUCUGUGCCGUGUGCCAGGCGCACUACAGUGAGGACACUGUGGAACUCCAUGAGCGCUCGACUGCCCACCUCUUCAACCGCCGCGACCCACUGCCCCCGACCCGCUACCACAUCCCAGAGACCAACGUCGGCUUCCAGCUCAUGGUCAAAGGUGGUUGGGACCGCGAGGCUGGGCUGGGGCCUGAGGGCUCUGGCCGUAGAUUUCCCGUUCAGACAAUCCUCAAAAGGGACCAGAAAGGCUUGGGCUUCCGGAGUGACCUCAAGCCAAAGGUCACACACUUCGAUGCCAAUGACCCCAGCUCCGUGGCCCAGCCCAGUGAGCCCAGGCCCAGGGCAGAGCGGGCAGUAACAGUUGGGAAACAGGAGGCACGGCGCCGAGAGGCCAAGGAAAAGGCUUGGGAACGUGACCUCCGCACGUACAUGAACCUUGACCUUUGAACUCUGCUGGUCUAUAGCCUCUCUAAGUCACUUGGCCAAUCAGCUUACCUAGGUGAUACUCUUAUAUGAAUCUUGACCUUUAGCCAACAGUGUCCCUUGUAGCCUCUGAACCAGUUGGAUUUUGAGUUGGGGUAUCUGCCCCACCUUUAACAUCCAGUGGCCAACCAGUAGCCACACCGGUUCUGCCUCUACAGCCAAUUAGGUCGACUGUCUGGAAACCCUAAUGUGAACUUUGAUCUGUCAUGUCUUGGAUGUUACCUAGAUUGUUAUUCAUAAUAAUAAUAUGAAAACAGUACAGUUUUUUAAACCGUUUCAGCCAAUUUAGCCUGGUGACCCUUCACCCAGUGAUGUCAUUUCAUUACUGCCCCAUUAACCUGCUCCUUUGAGAUACUCAACCAGUUCAGUUUGGCGCGGGGUGGGAAAAUGUUGACCUUUAACCAGAGACCCACCAGUAAACUGACAGCCCCUUUAAAGCA